UUCCCGAUAUUUCGUCAUAUGACGUAUGACGCAUUCUUCAGUAAUCUAACAUUCGGCAACGGCAAUUGAAACUGAUAUUUUAUUAAUGUUAGUCUGGUAUCCAUAGUGUUAAAGUGUAAACUCAUUGUAUUUUCGCUUAUAAUCAAUCGUUUAACACCAAAAGAUGGCCGCUCCACCGAUCUAUAAUCCAAUAGUGCCAUGUGUGCACCCUAUUCCUGGGGGUAUGUUCCCCGGCAGAAUGAUCCGUCUGCAAGGCAGUGUUCCCCCUGGCGCACAGAGGUUUGCUAUCAACCUCCAAUGUGGUCCCAACACGGAUCCUCGUGAUGAUAUAGCACUCCAUCUAAACUUCCGCUUCAUAGAGAUGUGUGUGGUUCGUAACCAUCUCACUGCUAUGAACUGGGGAGUUGAGGAUACAGCUGGAGGCAUGCCGCUGGUCAGGGGAGAGGCGUUUGAAGCUCUGGUGUUGUGUGAGCCGCAGUCUAUUAAGAUAGCACUGAAUGGUGUUCACUUCUGUGAGUUCCCGCAUCGUCUGCCCUACCAGCGCAUCUCCCACAUGACUGUGGACGGUGAUGUUAUGCUUCAGUUUAUCGGCUUCGAGGGAGCGCAGGCGCCGCCAUCGCAAGUAUUCAUGUCGGAACCCCCAGCAUACGGGGCCUACGGUGCUCCGCCCCCCGUGUACGGAGCCCCCGGAUACGGCGCUCCUCAAGGAUUCCAGUCAGCUGGUGGGUAUGAGACGACAUACGUUCAAGGUCAGCCGCAGCGGACAGGGCUGGGCACGGGCGCGGCGGUGGGGCUGGGUGUAGGUGCGUUGGCUGCAGGAGGGUUGGCGGGUUAUGCCCUUGGCGGUGGCUUCAGCAGCAAUGAUUCGCCGAGGGAAGAGGUGCAUGUUUCAUCAUUCUCAGAAAAUGUCGAUUUCGGUGGCGACGACUGGAUCGAAUAAGCUAAAGUAUAAGAAUAUAAUGACCUAACACACCUACAUAUAAAAUACACAAGCAAACUAAACAUGUCCAGAAUUAUAUGUUUAAAUAACAUAUGACGGAAACUUUCUGAUUAAUAAUAACAUUUUUAUACUAAACGCAUUUAAAUUUAACUAUGUGAAAAAAAAAUUACAAUUAUAUCGAUUUUCUUAUUUUGGCGAUCAUAAAUCGAUACAUCGAAUAAGUUUGUAACAUGCACAUCACUAUACUUUGUAUUACAAAAUGGCGAUUGUUAAUCAGCUGAUUGAGUUAUUAAUUAAAAAAUAUAAAAUAAUUAAGAAACAAUAUCGCUUGGAAUGAGUAAAUUGCAAAACGCGCCUAUAUCCUUGCGUAUGAUUAUUCCAAAAGCUAAUUUGAAAAAAGUCUUGAUGUUAAAUAAAACUAUUUGAAUUAGAUUGAUUUGAAGAAAAAUUUGUUAAAUCUAUGAAUUGUUAAUGAGUAAAAACAAUAUUUCUUGUUACGCGUAUUCUUCUAGCUUAUUUACAUACUAAUUUCACAACGUAGUUAUAUGUUUUUAUUAGUUUUAUACUAUAGUCGUAGACUUAUAUCUCUAGACGGAGUUUUCAGAGUACAAAAAUGUUAGCAAGACAACCGGAGGCAUUUUUGUGGUAAAUUUCACCAGUGUUGUCAUUUAUAUUAUAAUAUUUACAUAAGAAGUAAAUCGAAUAGAACCUCUUUGAUAAAAAAUUAUACUAAUUAAUAAUUUU